GGUCCAUACACCAGUUUGUUUUUUUUUUCACGAUACUUGGUAAAUAAAAAGGGGCGGCGUUUCAACCGUGAACGAAGAAGAAGGCAUUGAGAUUGGGCAGCGUAAUGAGCAGAAAACGGAGCUUCAACAUCACAUUUCCACCGCUUAACAUCAUAAUUAGUUAAUUACUCACCGAUCCAUUCUUCCCCAAACCUAACCGAAGCCGAACGAGUCAACUCUGUCCUUUCAAUGCCGGCGUCAACUCGGUCCCAGACUGUACCGAACGAGUCAAACUCGGAACACGAUGCCCUAAAGGAGAAGAUGAAAUCGCUUCUUGCGUUGUACGAGCAGCACAAGCAGAAGCACGGUGCUGCUGCAGCAGCACCUCCUCCCAGCAAGAACCCUUCUUUGAAGACUGGGACCCGCAUUCUGGUGUUCGUUAGGGUUAGGCCGUUGGCGAAGAAGGAAAUGGAAGCGGGUUCACGGUGCUGCGUCAGAAUCGUCGAUCGCCGCGACGUUUACCUAACGGAGUUUGCGUCCGAGAAGGAUUACCUCAGGCUGAAGAGGCUCAGGGGUCGCCAUUUUGCCUUCGAUGCUUCGUUUCCCGAUUCGGCUACUCAGCAAGACGUUUAUUCCACCACAACCUCAGAACUUGUGGAAGCAGUUCUGCAAGGGAGGAAUGGAUCAGUUUUCUGUUAUGGUGCCACCGGAGCUGGAAAAACUUAUACAAUGCUUGGUACAGUGGAGAGCCCUGGUGUAAUGGUGUUGGCAAUUAAGGAUUUGUUCAAUAAAAUUAGGAUGAGAAGUUAUGAUGGAAACCAUGCGGUUCAUUUGUCCUAUCUUGAGGUUUAUAAUGAAACUGUCAGGGAUUUGCUUUCACCUGGAAGACCUCUGGUUCUCAGAGAAGAUAAACAGGGGAUUGUUGCAGCGGGUCUUACACAAUACCGAGCUUAUUCCACUGAUGAAGUGAUGGCAUUGCUUCAACAAGGAAAUCGGAGCAGAACCACAGAACCAACUCGUGCAAACGAAACAUCUUCACGCUCCCAUGCUAUUUUGCAGGUUGUGGUUGAGUACCGAGUUAGAGAUGCUGCAAUGAAUAUUAUUAAAAAAAUGGGCAAGCUCUCACUGAUUGAUCUUGCAGGGUCAGAGAGAGCUCUUGCCACAGAUCAAAGAACAGUUAGAUCUCUUGAGGGUGCCAAUAUAAACCGAUCUCUUCUGGCUCUAAGCAGCUGCAUUAAUGCUCUUGUAGAAGGCAAGAAGCACAUACCAUACCGAAAUUCAAAACUCACUCAACUUCUCAAAGACUCAUUAGGAGGAUCAUGCAACACAGUCAUGAUUGCAAACAUAAGCCCAAGUAACCUCGCAUUCGGUGAAACACAGAACACCCUUCAUUGGGCUGACAGAGCUAAGGAGAUUCGAACAAAGGCAAUUAAUGCAAAUGAGGACCUAUUGCCAGUGCCUGAGACAGAAACAGACCAGGCCAAGCUAGUACUUGAGCUGCAAAAGGAGAAUCGUGAAUUGCGAAUGCAGCUAGCACGACAGCAUCAGAAGAUUAUGACACUCCAAGCACAUUCCUCAGCUCCCCCAACACCACCUUCAGCUACAUCUCUUCUUUCCACUCCUCCAACUUCUGCCCCACCAAGUGAAAAACGAAGGACCAGGCCCUCUUUGUUAGCUGCAACACAUUUCACUCCAGAGGCCAAGAACAAGGGAGAUGAGGUAGCUGUUACAAUCAGAACACUUCAACAAAGAGUUAAAGCCUUGGAGGCAGAGCUAGAGAGAGUGAAAAAGGAUUACAGCUUGCAGCUAAAGCAGAAAGAUGAUGUCAUUCGUGAGCUUUCACAAAAGGGUGGGAAAAAAGUGGUAGCAACAAGGGCUAGUCUACGGCCAAAGGAGGCAAACACUGGAGAAUUGAAGAGUCCAAGCUAUCGUUUUCGGUCACCAGUACAAACUGCAAAGAAACGAAGCUUUUGGGACAUAACUACUGCUAACAGCCCGUCAGUCACCACAUUGAAUGGGAGAAAAACUAGAAGUCAUCUCAUUUCUGAACCUACUGCACAUCCAUCUAUGCUUCUUCAGCCCGGAUUUGCUCGAAAAAAGGGCGAUAUUUAAACGUGGGGUCUUCUUGGAAGGAGUUACAAGAGGAAGUUUAAGGACAGAAGCCCACGUAUAGAGGUUUUUUUUUUUCCGAAGACCCUGAUACGUCCUCAAAAUUCUCUCUGGGCUUGAACUGGUAGUCCAACAUAAAAGAAAAGAGAUCAUUGCAGGUUGGUGUGCUUCUCCUUCCACCUCAUCUCUUCUCGUGUAAUUCAGUCAUAGGAAAUUAGGAAUUAGGAUGAUAGUUUCUUUAGGCCUAGUCCGCGCCAAACCAAGGUGAUGUUUUACAUGCUUCAUUGAAGCUUUUGGAGAAAUUUCCAAAAUCAUUAUUAUAUUUGUACAUUCAUUUUUUUC